AUGGCAGUGCCCAGACUCACCGCCAAGGAGCUGGACCAGCGCUUCAAGCGCGGCACGAAGACGGCUAUUGUCGCGCUGCGCAAUCUGGAUCACAUGCUACCUGGUCAGAAGGGAUGGAAAGGAAAAUUUGCGGACAAGAUGCUCCCAGCUAGAGCGAGGCGCAACAACAACUACGUGCAGCCAAAGGACAGGAUCAGGUUGUGGAACAUUGUUCCUGGAGAUGUGGUCAGAUACAGGACCGGUGUCAAGCUUGCCAAAGAGGGAAGCGCGGAAUUGUGGAAAGGUCAGGCCACUGUGAAGCAAAUUGACAGGACGAGGAACUUGGCUUGGCUCGCGAAUGUUGUGGGUAUCGGCAUUGCGCUCGAACGGCUCGGUAUCAGCUUCUCGAGCGAGCUGCUGCUGCAUGUGUGGUGUUUUCGUGUUGCGUACCAUAUGUGCUAUGUUUUGAGCUAUCAACGGCUAAAUCCCUCGUCUGAUGCGAACCCUAACACCAGGACAACCCGGGGGAUAAUCCAGCGACAAGUGAGAAGCGCAUCGUGCCUCGCCAGAUGGGAGAGGACGGGCAAGUUGCAUGGUCCAACAAUACGUUUCAGAUCAACAGGCCAGUGCAUAUCAGCAAUCUCCAGCUCCUCCUCCCGCAAGAGAUGGUCCUUCCAGCGGGAUGCGGAAUCACGAUGGACGAGCUGAAAGAAGGGUGAGUCGGCAUUGGAUAUGAAGCGCUAUUGACCUUGCUGGUAGACUGAAAGUCAAAUUGGACGGCCGCCUUCUUGCAGCCGCGUCGCCACCCGCGUGCAAGGCACUGGCGCUAAGUGGAACAAACAGCUGCAUCAGUACACGUGGAAAAGGUUCGCGAUCGUCAAGGCCAAAGACGGCACAAACGUCAAAUUGGAGGUUCCUUGGCCUCCUAAUAAGACUGCUCCCCGUAUUAGUAGGUGUCAUGCGUGCAUGAGACGCUUGCAAGCCCAGCGCCGUAGCGCAACCUGGCCUAACGUGAAAUGUCAUCCUCUACGCCAGUCUUGCAAGAUCUCACCACUCCGAAUGAUGCAGUGAAGUCGGAAUCUUGGAUUCCUUGGUAUCCCACUAACCCAAUUCAUAUCUCGCGGCAUACAUGGCGAACGUCACCUCAGUCCGAAGCAAUGUUGCGCGCCCAGAAAGCAAUUCGAGAGGCGCAGCCGCGGAUUUUGCGAAAACCCGGCUAUGCACCCUAUUUGCCUGUUAGGCAAGGCCCUCCACCUGUGGCACAGGCUCCUACCCCAGCGGAAGCUGUCACGCUCCGCAAAGCAGCGCAGCGAAAAUGGGCCAUGGAACACCCGGACAUGUCUGAAGGCAGAAGCUUCGCGUCGUCAGACUACCACAACGUAGCACCGUUGGACGGGCCCGUGGCCAAUGGACCGCAAUGGAGAUGGAUACCCCCCAAGACGCCUUUCCAAGCUGGCGACAGGAACGAAGACGGGAUUAGAUUGGGCAUCGCUGGAAAGGAUGAGAUCGACGCUUGGCCCAUCGAGCUUUUAAUGGAGAGAGAGCUGAGCCCGCCGAGGAGCCUGGCUAAACGUAUGAAGCAAUUCCAAAUCUCCAAGCUCACCAAACAGGCCGAGCUCAAGAAGCAACAAGAGAUCAUGGACAAGAAUUUGGAAGCGUUGCGCAACAUCGAGCUAUAG